AAAUAUUAUGAUUUCAACCAUGACGUCCGAAUGCUGCACGCUUCUAAAAUACUGCGCGCCUGUAGCGCCCAAAAAUGCACAACGCGCCUGUCCAAAAUGCCGUCUAUUUAGGCAGCUCACUAGGAUUUGACACACAGCCGGUAAACUUUAGAGAAGUGUUGACAGAAAUGAUGUGUGGUUGGACAUGACAGCCAGGCUCAAUGACUCUUAUGUUUUUCUCACCACAAACCGACUCCGUGCGAGUGUUUGUGCUUGUGCGUUGGCUGGUGUUAAUGCAGCUUCACACUGCGCGUCUUCCUCAUUUAAACGCCGGACAUAUGAGCAUCACGAACUGAACAAAUGCGAGCUCCGUCAGUCAGUCACCAACUUCCUUUAAAAGACUUAACUUACAAAAAGGACAUGUGCUUGUAAUGGUCUGAAUGUUGUGAAGAAUUCGCAAUCAGAUCGAACUUCGAAGGAGCUUCAUAGAUCUGUCAGCACUUCAUAUUUUUUCAUUUAAUCGGCUAUGGAUGCGCCUGAAACCUCGGUGAACCGCAUUGGUCGCACUAUUUGGACUGUUUGGGGUUAUCUGUCAGGGGCUGUGGCAAGAUAUCUGAGACCGGAAGUCACAGAUGAAGGAAACCAACAUGUUUGUUCCAGAUCAGAUCAGAUUGACUUGACUGCAGCAAACAAGAUUAACAGAGAAGUAAAGGCAAAUAGUAGUGAGAAGGAAGAGAAUAAAUCUAAUCAUAAUGACAAAAGCACAGGGGAGGUCAAGUGUUCCCUGCCUGAAGUCAAAGUGCAAGUGGCCUCGGUACAGUGGGAAAAAACUGAUGUGGUCAAAGACGACAAGAAUGAUGAACCUAAUGUUGACACCGCAAGAAAACAAGCUUACAGUUGUGCAAUGUGGUCAGCUGAGACCGAUCAUGAAGAGAGCAUUUCAGGUGAUUCAGAAAGCCGAGGAUGCAAGAGUGGCACGCAUGUUGAGAAAGAAGCAGUUUCAUCCGAUGAGGGUCAGGCUGAAAGAGUGUAUGCAAACAGUAAGGACAGUGAAAUUGUUCAGGAGUUGGAUGAAACUGGGCGGAUUGAACAAAAGGAUGGUAACAAUGAAGAAUAUGACCAGAAAUAUGAGGAUGAAAACUGUUCAAAGAAGAGAGAAGAUCCAGAUAACUCGGAUGUAACUGCCCAAUCUGAGCUUUAUAGACAAGAUGUAGAACAGGAAAAGCAGAUCAUGAUGGACCAUGGAGAGACUGAAUGCAUUGGAGGUUUUGAACAUGCAGGUUUUAUUGAUGAAAUGGAGAAAAAAACUGUUGGCCUGAAGGAACGGGUGGAAACUGAGAUUGAUGAAGACCAAGGACCUGAAUUACAAGUGCCAGCUGAUGCAUUUGUCCUUGCAGUGCAAGAUUUGCUACCAGAGUUGGACUAUUCUGCAGAGGAAGCUGAUGGCCUUUCAAAUCCUGAAAGGCUUAAAGUAUUGGAAAAAUAUUAUGAUGAAAUUGCAGAAUUCUGUAAAAAUGAGGUUGAGGAGAUGAUUCCAGAAAAUAGGGGUGCAACCGAGAGUGAACAAGACACGAUUAAAUCUGACAGUUCAUGUGACACAGAAAGCGACACACAUGUUGAGAAUGAAGAAGUUUCAUCCAAUGAGGGUCAGACUGAAAGAGGACAUGCAGACAGUGAAUGUAAGGAGAGUGAAACGCCACUAGAGUUGGAUAAAACUGGGCAGACUGAACAAAAAGAUGAUAUUGAUGAAGAAUGUGAUCAGAAUCAUGAGGAUGAAAAGUGUGAAAUGAAGAGCGAAGAUCCAGACAACGCAGAAGUAACUGUCCAAUCUGAGCUUUAUGGACUAGAUGUAGAACAGGAAAAGCAGAUGAACAUGAUGGACCAUGGAGAGACAGAAAGCACUGGAGGUUUUAGACAUGCAGGUGAACAUCUUAUUGAUGAAAAGGAGAAAAAUAUUGUUGACCAGAAUGAUCACGAGAAAACUGAGAUUGAUGAAGACCAAGGACCUGAAUUACAAGUGCCAGCUGAUGCAUUUGUCCUUGAAGAAGGAGGGAAGUUAUUAGGUGAGACAAUGGAGGUGGAAAACGCAAGUCGUGGAGCUGUUAAACAUAUUGAGCCACAAAGUUCACCAGAGUGUGAAACAAAUGAAGCUGAUGGACGUCAUGACCAGAUACAGAACGCCAUUGCUGGGGAAACAGAGUCGAGCGGUCAUGAAGACUUCAUGGAAAUCAGCAGACCUGGGAUGAAAAGAGGAUUUGAUAGAGUGAACAAAGACAUUCCAGUGGUGAAGAUAGAAGGACAAUUUGAUUUGGAUCUACAGGCAUUUGAGGACUCAUCUUUGGACUUUAGCGUUCAGAAGUCUCGAAUCGCUGUGAAGAAUCCCCUAGUUCGGCCACCCAAAGACCCCAGAAAGCUCCUUUACAAGAUCUCGCUCGAGCCGCGUCUCCCACAGCCUCCAGCAUGUGAAGUCUCUGCUCCAAGUAAAGGGGGGAUCGGAUUUAAACUCCCAGGCCUGGGCGCAGGGAUGCCGGCUCUGAGAAAAACUGAAUUUGGGAAGAAAGCGAGAGAAGAAGGAGAAUCAGAGCGCACACUACGUCCACAGCUAAAGUCAGUUGCAGUAACAGAGGAUUCUGUCAAACAAGAGCCGGCGUCAGCUAAACCCAAAUGGACACCCCCGAAGCAUCCUGGCAUGGGGAGUCCCUUGAUGAUGGCGGAACUCAGAAACAAACUCAAAAAGCCUGUUAAGGAGUGAUACAUUUCAUUACAUCAUGAUUUUCAAAGGCAUUCUUCAUCUAUUCUUUAUUUGUCAGCUGUUGUCAUAUUCAAGCACUAUGCAGCCUGGUAAAUAUUGUAUGAAAUUAUUCUAUUGCACAAGUACGCAGCUGUAGCACAACGUUUCAUUUAUGU